AUGGCCGUCAUUGACAGAGGCGUCGUUACUUCGGUCCCAAUGUCGAAUGGCGAUGCCACCCCCACAUCCCCCGGCACACCUGUCAAUGGGAAAGGCCGUAAACGACUGCUUCGCGGACUGCAACGAAUAUCCUCGUCCCCGUCGUUGAACAGCCUGCGUCGCUCGAGGUCGGCCAGCAGCCCGUACAGCACUCGAGGCACGCUUUCUUGUGUUAGUCUAGCUGCUGUCGGGCCUCCCCAGACUCCGUCCAGUGCCAGGUCGUCUACUCCUCAACCGUCACCGCUUGGCCUGCCGAGCGCCUCGAUUUCGCUUUCGCCGACAUCAACCCACGAGUUUCCCUUAUACGACAAUAUCGAAGGCCACCUUUCUGUCCGCAAGGUCGACAACAUUGACCAAAAUGGGCCACCCGCGACGGCGACCGUUCCUGCUGGUCUUGGAUUCGCCAAGCAAGAUGGGCUAGCCAAAGCGCUGGCAGCGGCAAAAGCACCUCCCAAGCCCGCGUUUCCGUUCUGGGAAAAGAUGCCACACGAGCUCCGCGUCCAAAUCUUCUCGUUUCUUCGGCCGAAAGAACUUGUUCAAGCUUCGAGAGUGAGCAAGUCCUUCUAUAGGUUUUGCUUUGAUGGACAGCUUUGGACGUCGCUCGAUGCUUCUGAAUUCUACCAGGACAUUCCGGCUGAGUCACUUGCCAGAAUUAUCGUGGCCGCUGGCCCAUUUAUCAAGGACUUGAAUCUUCGAGGUUGUGUGCAGGUAGAGCACUAUAAGCGCACAGAAGUCAUUGUCAAAGCUUGCAGGAACUUGAUGAAUGCCACGUUGGAGGGCUGCCGAAACUUUCAAAAGACUACUCUGCACACUCUAUUGAGGACUAAUGAUAAGCUAGUUCAUCUCAACUUGACAGGCUUGUCUGCCGUGUCAAACACGUCUUGCAGAAUCAUCGCCGAGUCAUGUCCACAGCUAGAAACAUUCAACGUGUCCUGGUGCGACAAGGUCGAGGCUAAAGGGAUCAAGGCCAUUAUUCAAUCAUGCCCCAAACUGAGAGACCUGAGGGCUGGCGAAGUCCGGGGCUUCGAUGAUAUUUCGACUGCCGAGACUAUUUACACUACCAAGAAUCUUGAGCGUCUAGUCCUUUGCGGAUGUGUCGAGCUGACCGACGACGCCCUCAAGGUCAUGAUGCAGGGCAUUGACCCAGAAAUCGAUAUUCUGACCGAGAGGCCUAUUGUUCCACCACGAAAGUUGAGACAUCUCGACCUGAGUCGAUGCAACCGCCUGUCCAGCGCCGGCGUCAAAGCUAUCGGCUACGCAGUCCCCGAGCUAGAGGGCCUUCAGCUUUCUGGGUGCAAAACGCUCACUGAUGCUGCACUUGAGCCCAUUCUUGCAUCUACACCCCGGCUUACACAUCUUGAGCUGGAGGAUCUCGAAGAGCUUACGAACGCCCUCAUGUCUGAGCACCUUGCCAAGGCUCCCUGUGCAGAAACCUUGCAGCAUCUCUCAAUAAGCUACUGCGAAAAUAUCAGCGAUGUUGGCAUGUUACCCGUGCUACAGAAAUGUCUACGCCUGACAAGCAUUGACAUGGACAAUACACGAAUCAGCGAUCUCUCCCUAGCAGAGGCCGCAGCCAUGGUUAACAAGCGUUCAAAGAGGUCGCUCAAAGCAAGCGACCGGCCACAGGUUACUCUACAGAUGGUCGUGUACGAUUGCCAAAAUGUGACUUGGGCUGGCAUCCGAGAAGUUCUGUUUCGAAAUGCUCAAAUCAGGCCAGCGGCCGGGGAGCCAGGAAAAGUGACAUAUCCUACAGAGAUCAUUGGCCUCAAGUGCUUCUACGGCUUUCAGAUGACCGUCGACGAGCACCAGACGCGUGUACUACGAGGAGACCUCUUAUCCGCCGCCAGGCUGGAGAGAAAAUGGGCAGACUACAUGCAAGCCAACGAGGAGGCUGGAAUGGGAGGUGCAGGACACCGACGACGACGACGUCGGGCUAGAGAAGCUCAUGCCCAGCAUAUGAAUGAAGAAGACGGCGGCAUUGUGGGCCGUCGACGAGCACGAACUAUGGGAGCAUGUUCGGUGAUGUAA